CCGCCCAAAUCCAAGAUGGCGUCGCCCAUGAGGGCAAUGAUGUUGGGAAGCCGAGCGCUGAGAUGUUUGCGGGUCACCGGGCUGCAGAGGAGCUACGUCACAGCCAGUGACAGGAGGGAUGUGACAUUUAAACUCGAUGAGAAAACAUCCCACAGUAGCCUGGACCUGUUCAAGAAGGACACAGGGGUAAUCUAUCGCAUACUAGGUAUUGACCCAUCCAAAAUCCCACAGAACCCUGAGCGUUUUCGAGAAUGGGCUGUAGUCUGGGGGACACUUCAAUAUCAAGCGGUCGCCAUUACUGGGAGGUGACAGUGAAGAAGUCCAAUGAAUUCCGCUUAGGUGUCGCAGAUGCAGAUAUGUCUAGGGAUGAAUGCAUUGGAGUCAGCAGCCGUUCUUGGGUGUUUGCCUACAGCCAUAAAAAAUGGCAUGGUAUGGUGGCAAAUAAAACCAUCCCCAUCACCAAUAUUGGCCAUCCUAGCAAAGUGGGACUCCUGCUGGACUAUGAUAAUGGGAAGCUAAGCCUUGUGGACUCUGAUAAGGGUUCCCUUAUCCACACUCUCAAUGCUGCGUUUCGAGGUCCAGUGUUGCCUGCGUUUGGUCUGUGGGAUGGAGAACUUCUAACUCAUUCUGGCUUGGAUGUUCCUGACAAUGUGUGA